UAGGAGGAAAGACUGAGCGGAGGAGGGCGGAGACACUCCACCCGUCAGAGUGGAGGCUGAUUUGUUCAUUCCUAGGCGAGGACUCAGCAUCUCCAAGUAACUUCUGUCUCCGAAAGGAAAAAAAGCAUCUGUUGAGAGAUCUGUGCUCACUGGAACAGAGGCGCGCAUAAUUUGUGCGUUCGAGCAUAUUUAUCGUGAUACCUCUCGUGUAUCUAGGUUUUUUGUAGGAGUUGGACGACCACGUAAGGGAGCUGUCGGAGAGAAAGUUGUCUACAGAAAAGCAACAAGGACGGAAAAGGAGGACAGACAACAAACCAACGGAGCGGAGAGAGGAGAGGUGACCUGGCCGACAUGUUUGGCAUGAUGAAGAAUUCGCUCUUCGGAAACACCGAGGAGACGGAAUAUAAACUGCUCAGCAGCGAGACGAAGGAUGGAGUGAGCUUUGAGGUGCGGCGGUACGAUGGUGCCAAGUACGCCGUUGUCUCCUCGGAGGGGCGAACCUUCGACCAAGUGACGGGAGAGCUGGUGAGGAAGCUGCUCAUGUACAUCGGUGGCAGCAAUGAACAAGGUGUGGCCAUGGGUACAGCAGCUCCCAUCAUCAUCACAGUGUAUCCGCGGAAUGACGGGGUUCUGUCUCGCCGUUUGGUGGUCGCCAUUCGUGUCCCCACCAGCUACCAGCAAAGCCCCCCGACUCCCACAGACAGUGCCAUCGCCAUUGAGGAUCGGCCCGGCAUGACUGUCUACGCUCUGCAGUCUGGAGGCUUCGCAGGGGAGACUGAGUACCGAGCAGAGGCCUUGCGUUUGACACGCACCCUGGGUGAGACGGCCCCCUUUCAGCGCAAGCAGUACUUCUGCUGUAGCUACGACCCACCGCUCAAGCCUUACGGACGCCGCAACGAGGUGUGGUUUCUACAGGAAGAGCCGUAGGAGCCAUUCGGUCAGAUCUGAUCUCACGCUGAAUCCUUCAUUCAACCUCAAUUACACUUUCACUGAUGACAAUCCUGUAGCUCUAACAGUAUUUGAUUGGUAAGAGCAAUAUGGGGACUUGAUAGACCUUUAAACCCAAAUGGACGGAUAGAGAUUACCCAUGUUGCCUUUACCCAUCUGAUCUUCUGCUUGUCACACGUACAGUAGCUACACUUAAGUUAGAUAUUCAAGGAAUGGGACCAUUUAGAAUCAGCUUUCUCUCAUUUAAUAUCACGCUUUAUUUAUGUUUCUAAUUUAAACUCCCCCUUGUUGCUCUGAAACAACACGUGAUGAGAAAGGCUUCUCGACAAAUGUAGUGAUAAGACGUGAAAGUGUUUCUUCCAUGUAAUGCGCUUCAUACAGAUCUGAAAGCUUUGCAUCACUGCCGUUCAGUUCUCUACGCCAAGGGAAAAUACAGCUUAAAGAAACUACCUUUAGAUAAACUGGUAUGCUACUGCAUACUUAGUGAAUAUUUUAAUAUAAUCUGUAUUGAAAUACAUGAUUUGUUGUCCUGAAUUCCCUGUAGAGCUCUCAUCUCCCUAAAGAGCACUCAGUAGGGCUUUGCACAUCUUUGAUCUAGUUUACAAUGUUGUGACGGCUACAGAGAAAUGUAUAGAAUUAUAGAGCAUUAGAUACAUGGGAGUAAAAAGCACACUUCAUUUUCCUGAGUAAGGAACUGGAAAGAAAUAGGAGUUGAGCCAUAAAGUAGAACUAGUCUUUAUUAGUCUUUAUGGUUGGACAGCUGUGAACUUAGCUAGCUAUAGGUGUUGUUCUAAACUCUGUGAUUAUAUGUUGAUCCACAAAGCAUUUGUGUGUCGUGAAUAUUUUGUGUUUUAGUGCAUGACAAUGCCAUCUUUAUUUAUUACUCUUGAAACUGUGUUAUGCGAUACAUCUGUACCUGUGAUGAGUGAAUAUAAUGUUCAGAUUUGAUAGUGUUUCAUAACAUAAUAAAUAUGUUAUUCAGUGCA